GAAUAUAGAUUAUUUUUAGAAAUGCAAUCAAUUGAUAAAGAAUUUAAAAAACCAAAUAACCAUUUAAAAGAGAUACCAGCUGAACCACCAGCAACAACUAAGCAAGAAAAAAGAAACGAAUAUAAGUUAAUGAAAAAUAAAAAGCCAAAAGAUAAAAAAGUUACAUAUCAAUCAAAAAUGUCAAAUCCAGAAGAUAGAUGGGGUUAUGUUUAAACCCGAGCAUAAAUAAUAACCUUUUUUUUUUUUACUUAUAUAAUAUAUCAAUAAUCAAUAACUAAUAAUAAAAAUAAUAAAUAAACUAAUAAAAACAAUAGAAAUAAAAACAACCAUAGAAAUAAUAACAAUAACAGUAAUUAUAAAACCCUCUGUACUAUAGAUCCAACACACAUAUCGAUAAUUAAUCUUUGUAUAUAACCAAUUUUAAAUAUCAAAAUAAUAACUAAACUUUAAACCAACGCGAAAUUUACAAUAAACUUUUAAUAAUAUUACAUAUUUAUAUAAUAC